GGGCUUCGGCUGGGCUCGGUGGCUGUGGGACGCGCAGGCGCGGCUGGAGGCUCGCGGGGCGCGGAGUAGCGGCGCGGGGCGCGCGAGAAUCAUCAUCCGGGGACCUGCUGCAGAUCACAAGAAAACAUGGGGAGGAUUUUCCUUACAGGAGAAAAAGCUAAUUCGGUAUUAAAACGCUACCCCAGAGCCAAUGGGCCUUUUGAAGAAAUACGACAGGGCAACAUUGAGCGUGAGUGCAAAGAAGAAGCCUGCACAUUUGAAGAGGCGAGGGAGGCUUUUGAAAAUAAUGAAAAAACUAAAGAGUUCUGGAACACCUACACGAAAGCGCAGCAAGGAGACAGUAGCAGAGGCAGUGACUGGUUUCAGUUCUACCUUACAUUUCCACUGAUCUUUGGCCUCUUCAUUAUCCUCCUUGUCAUUUUCCUCAUCUGGAGAUGCUUCCUGAGAAACAAAACUCGCAGGCAGACUGUGACUGAAGGCCAUAUUCCCUUCCCUCAGCACCUAAACAUCAUCACUCAGCCGCCCCCACCAGAUGAAGUAUUUGAUAGCAGCGGACUGUCACCGGGCUUUCUGGAAUAUGUCGUUGGACGCUCAGAUUCUGUCUCCACUCGCCUGUCUAACUGUGACCCCCCACCCACCUACGAGGAAGCCACCGGACAGGUGAGCCUGCGCCGGAAUGACACAGAGCCUCACUUGGACCCCCCGCCCGAGUAUGAGGACAUCAUCGACGCCAGCUCAGCCCGCGCUGUCGCGGUGCCGCCUGUGGUCACCACCAUCAAAUGAAACAGCGGACUUUUUUUUUUUUUUACUAUAAUCAUUUUUAAAUACUAAUGAAAGAACUUUCUAGCACUUUACCACUACAUAAAUGUGCAUUGACUCAUUUCAUUAGACUCUUACAGCAUACCACUUCACAUUUUCUGAUUUGAUUUUCAUUAGUUUUGUUUCCCACUAUAAAAUCAUUCACGUUCACUGUUGCUAAUGGAAGUAUGUGAAGAUAAAAAAACAUACAGGUGCAGGUCUUCAUGUGCUAUGAGGAGCUAUACAUGUAUGUGUGUAUAUAUGUAUAUGCAUAUAUGUACAAGUGUCUUAAAAAAACAUUAACUUCUAUCUAAAUCAUGUGUAAAGAAAACAUUACUCACUAAAAUUGGGGAGGGGCACCAAAAAUUUGUAUGAUAGCCAGCAACAUGCUGCUAAAUUUUGAAAAUAGGAUGAACUUGGAAUGUUCUCUAAUUCUUACUGGCUUUUGUUAACAUCUCAGAGGGGGCACCAGGGCUUAUGGUAUGUGCCAAGAAAACUUGGUCACCAGUGGCUAGUUUGGGAGGGAUCUUGUUGUUGACUGCCUCCCGCUGCCCCCCGGCUCCCCCCCCC